UAUAGUGGGUGUUUUCUUUGAGUUGCUUAUUCUGAGGAAGAAUCUUGAGAGAUCUUAUUAGGUUGUGGUUAAAACUUUAAAAAUGGAAACAUACAUUCGCUUAGCUGACUCGGUUAUUGAAUUCGAUAUCGAAUUUCUUGGCACACCCACAAUUGAACACACCAAGCAUUCGCUGAAAAUUCAGCAAGAGGAGCUAAAGGUGAUGUGGGAGAAAGCCAAAGCACUUUUUGAUGACUUGCUGGCUACGGAAUCAAUUGGUGCUAAAGAUCUAAGUUCGAUACGUAAGAAAGGAAAAACGUGCUAUGCAGCUUUUGUGCGAUGUAUGUCCAAAAUAAACGAUUUGUCGGAAAAAUUUGAAAAAUCCGAAAAGGAAGAUGAGGACAUGUCAGCCACACAGCAUAAUUUACACCUACCGCCUUGUGAUAUCGACGCAUUCAAGGGCGAUUAUUUGUCAUGGCCAACAUUUCGUGACAUGUUCACGGCUAUAUAUAUAUUGAACAAGCGGCUGACACCCAUUCAAAAGCUUUACUAUCUUAGUCAGAAAACGCAGGGUGAAGCCAAAGAAAUUGUUAAGAAAUGCGACCUGACAAAUGAUGGGUUUAAUAUAGCCUGGAAGAAUUUGUGCGAUAGUUGAAGAUCCUCUUCAAUCUACAGGCGGUGGAAACUGAAUGCGGGAGUGCAAUUAAAAGAUUGCAAAGGGAUAUAAACAAUUG